AUGUUCAACGCGAGCUUGCCGAUGCUAAGGAAGACGCUAAACGGAUUCGUCGUGCCGAGGAUAGAGCUGAAAAGACUCUUAAAUCUUCAGCUGCGAAGAAAUCUUCUAAGCAUAAUCCUUUCGCUCCGCGACCUUCUGGUUACGAUUUUUGGCCUCCCAGAACGUCUACAGUAGCUUGUCCAUGUUUGUUCCUUCCCUUUUGGUCGCUCUGAUUUUCCUUCCAGGCAAGGCAGCCGUUUUGCUUGCGGCAGGUUUGGCUAUUGGAAAUACGAGUGUUCUCUAGUUUCUAAUUCUCGCAUUCCAAAAGGAUUCUCUGAUUCCAAGUGACUAUCCUCAGAAGAUCCAAGUGAGUGUGGUUUUUCAGUUGUUGAUUCCCUGCAGUCUGAUAGCAUCUUUUUCUCUUCCGAUCGUUCUGUUCAGGAGCUAAAUGGUUUUGAUUACAAAACAGCGUCCCCCACUAUUACUUCUGUCCUCCGUUCACAGCUUUCUGUUAGGAGGAACCUGCUUAAAUCCAUCGAUUAUUGGAAAUCACUAGGAGCUCCUAAAUUUAUUUUGAGUAUUAUCAGAGACGUCUACAAGAUCCCUAUUAUUUCCACGCCAUUGCCUCAACACUUUAAAGAACAAUGUGUCAGCCUUUAAAGAGUCUGAUUUUGUCUCCGAGGCUAUUUUGGAGCUCUUGAGUGACAAUCGCGUCGAGGAGAUUUUUUCUUACACUCCUGAUAUUCUCAAUCCUUUGACCGUUUCAAUUCAAAGUAGCAGUAAGAAGAGGCUUAUCCUAGAUUUAAGCCACAUCAAUAUGCAUGUUUUUAAACAGAAUUUGAAGUGCGAAGGCCUUCAUACCGUCAGGGAUGCUAUUUCACUUCAUUUUCUCUUUUGCUUUAAAGUCAGGAUAUCACCGCGUGGAUAUUUUCCCCGAGCAUCGCAGAUUUUGGGUAUUUUCAUUGGAUUUUGGUACCUCUCAAACAAGGUAUGUUCACUUUACUCUUUGCCCUUUGGGAUUCAGCACCUUAUAAUUUCACUAAAUUGUUGAAGCCCAUGGAGAUCCAUUGGAGAAUACGAGGUAUUCCCAUAGCUAUAAUUUUUGAUGACGGCAUUGGCGUUGAUUCUACUCUGGAGGCAGCGAAAACUAAUAGUUCUUCAGUUCAUUCCGAUCUCUUUCGCUGUGGUUUUGGCAUAAAUCACGAAAAAUCUGUCUGGCAGCCCUCCACCACCUUUUCUUAGAUAGGUUUUCAUAUUGACACUCCGACAGGUUUUAUAUUUGCAGUUGAUCCUAGGAUCGACAAAUUGUGUUCCGGUCUGAACGAGGUCUGUGCUAAUUUAAAUAAUUCGCCUUUCAUUUACGUUAAGUUCAUUACUUCACUAGCACCGAGUUGUGGGAAUGUCACUCAAAUUAUGACUAGAUUUUUGCACGUUGUCAUCAGCCCGAGGCGUUGAUGGAAUUCGGAGGUUCUGGUUCAAGAUAAUGCGAAGAAAGGGGUUUUCUUUUGGAGGGACAAUUCAAAAUCCUGAAAUGGUAAGCUGUUCUGGCAGGUUCCGUUUGUUCCAUCCAAAGUUUUGCUUUCGGACGCUUCUUCUACGGGUUGUUGCGCUUUAUUCAAGAUUCUAGUCUGGUUUGUCACCGAACUUGGUCCGUUGAAGAGUCUCGUAAGUCUUCCACUUGGAGGCAGCUGGUUGGGAUUCAGUUUGCCCUUUAGUCCUUCGAGAGUAAUUUAAUAGGCCAAAGAGUACGCUUAUACACUGAAAAUAAGAAUGUUGUUAGAAUGAUUCAGGUCAGUAGUGUGGUUCAAAAUCUACAGGACAUAGCUUUGGUUCAUUUCUGGAAGUAGUUUUAUUCUUUGCACCCCCGUGGUGUAUUCUCUUCAUUCCUGCUCUUAUUGGUAGGUUUACUGGUUUCUUUUUCUGCAUCAAGUGAAGUAUCGUAUGUUUAUUGGUACCUGGCACCCCCCGAUGGUGACAUGUACAGCAGUAUCAUUGCAUUAUGUUGUUCCAUUUGUCCCCUGGUGGCUCGCCAGUGUCGUUCACUUGGCGUUUAAUUCACGUGUGAUUUAGGAUUAGUGGCAUUCGUCGCUGCACUUGGUAGCGUCUGUUCAAUUUUUUCCCGAUCGUCCCAGGACUCGUUUUGACUUAGGAAUGUUUUGAAUGUUGUUUUUGAUGUUUAUGUCUUGUUACGUUGUAUGUUACUAAUUUUGCAUUUUCUUUUUCUCCGUCUCUUUCUCUAUUUUGUUAGUUUCCUCUCUUGUUUUGUUUAGAAGUUUUAGGUUCCGGCAUUUGGAAGUCUCUACAUGCCCUCCAAGACCCGUCAUUGAGGGACCUGGUUAUAAAUUGGAGUCUACGGUCAACAUUGCAUCCAUAGCUUCAGGAACAACAGAUGCCUACAGAAGAUCCUUUUGGAAAUGGAGAAAUUUUGCCUGUUCGAGAGACGAAAUUCAGGUUUUUCCCGCCAGUACAGAGCAUGUUGCCCUUUACCUCCAGUACAUGUUGACCAUUACUCGUUCUCAUUCUGCUUUGGGCUCUGCCAUUUAUGGAAUCCAAUGGGCACAUAACUUGACUGGCAUUCCUUCGCCGCCUGAUAGCCCUAUCAUCCAAGCUGUUAGUAAUGCCACCAAGUAG